AUGCAGAAGCAGCUUGCCAGGGAUUACGGAGCAGCCCUUCCUGCCUCGGCCUCCCUGCCCUCCGGUCGCCGGGAAACGGCCUGUCUUUGUGCUGUAGCUCGGAGAACAAACCCGAGGCGGGUAGCACAGCGCGCAGGGCGGCGGACUUCGGUGUCGCUCGCGCGCCUGUNUCCGAGGUCUCUUGACAUCCGAGGCGGGGACGGGGUGCUCCAGUGGCAAGAACAGCAGGACCCGAAGCGCAGAGAGCGCGGGGAGGGCCGACGGGACGCUGAGCGCAGCUCCUGUUCACUUUCGGCUGCUGCCCGCGGCCGGGAAGAGAAGUCCAUAGACGCUGGGCUCUCGGGCUGCAGACUUGUUCCUACCCCCCUGCGUCUCUCAUUUGCACAGAUCCGCAGGCAGUUCUUCAGUGGGAAGGAAAAAAAUCCCGGGAAGGAGAAAAACGAAAACAAAACCACUCCAGCCCGGUCGCCUUUGAUAGGAGUGAAUCCAACCCUGAAUUCUUCGGGAGCAAAGUUUGGGCUCUCAAAUAUGCGGAUAGUGACCAAGCCCCGGGUGUGGGACCUCCCUUCUCCCCUUCCUCCUGCCCCAGAGGCUUGGCCAGCUCUGCUUGGCCCGNUGAGCUUCCAGUCGGACGUGGGCGCCUACCAGAGCGGCCGCUUCUACGCCAAGCCGCCGCAGUGCGUGGACAUCCCGGCCGACCUGCGGCUGUGCCACGACGUGGGCUACAAGCGCAUGGUGCUGCCCAACCUGCUGGAGCACGAGAGCAUGGCCGAGGUGAAGCAGCAGGCCAGCAGCUGGGUGCCCCUGCUCAACAAGAACUGCCACAUGGGCACGCAGGUCUUCCUCUGCUCGCUCUUCGCGCCCGUCUGCCUCGACCGGCCCAUCUACCCGUGCCGCUGGCUCUGCGAGGCCGUGCGCGACUCGUGCGAGCCCGUCAUGCAGUUCUUCGGCUUCUACUGGCCCGAGAUGCUCAAGUGCGACAAGUUCCCCGAGGGGGACGUCUGCAUCGCCAUGACCCCGCCCAACGCCACCGAAGCCUCCAAGCCCCAAGGCACAACUGUAUGUCCUCCGUGUGACAACGAGUUGAAAUCUGAAGCCAUCAUUGAACAUCUCUGUGCCAGUGAGUUUGCACUGAGGAUGAAAAUCAAAGAAGUGAAAAAGGAAAAUGGUGACAAAAAGAUCGUCCCCAAGAAGAAGAAGGCCCUGAAGCUGGGGCCCAUUAAGAAGAAGGAGUUGAAGACGCUGGUCCUGUUCCUGAAGAACGGAGCCGACUGCCCCUGCCACCAGCUGGACAACCUCGGCCACCAGUUCCUCAUCCUGGGCCGGAAGGUGAGGGGCCAGUACCUGCUGACGGCCAUCCACAAGUGGGACAAGAGAAACAAGGAGUUCAGAAGCUUCAUGAGGAAGAUGAGGAGCCACGAGUGUCCCACUUUUCAGUCGGUCUUUAAGUGACUCUCGCGGGGCGGGCUGGGGGGGCGACGGCGGCCCCGGCACCUGGUGGCCCACGCCUACUCCGGCUGGUGGUGGACACUAGCUCAGCCGGCUUUGUUCCUGCACACCCCCCCUCUCCCCUCCUCACCAUGCCCCAGACCCCAGCAUAGCCACAUCCAGGUAAGGAAAGGGCCACUUAGAUGAGGGAGGCUUUUGUGACGUUCCGUGUGGACGGCAGGUGGAGAGCCAUUCAGCCAGGGACAUGAUCACUGAGAAAGAGAACUCUUCCAGUUAAAGAAAGGGGAUCGGGCAAAACGUGAGGGAUGGCAGCAAAAACGAGGUUCCACUUUCUUGGCGUUGUGACAAAUGGCUUGUGGAACUAUGGGCCAA